AGCCUAGAGAUACAAAAACAGCAAUGAGCAUGCAUCGGAAAUCAGAUCCGCUUGAUGAGUCAUAUAGUUUUAUAGAUAAAUCUAAAUUUGAUAAACCAUCCAAUAGUCUUCAAGUGGUUUCAAGAAGUAUAUACUCUAAUAAAAAACCAAAAAGAAUUAGCAGCCAAGACCACACGAGAAAGGCAAGAAUGAUUCGGCAAAUGCAACAAGAGAAAGUCGCUCAAGAAUAUCAGAAGAUCCUAGAACGGUCAAAUAGGCCUCAUACUUCGCAUACAAAUCUGCCCUAUUCCAAUAAUCUUAACCAAACACAGCAUAUUCAGAAGCAUAGCAAAGGGAGAAUUUCACCUGAAGCCAGUUGGACCACCAAAAUAGAUGACAAGAGAUUCCAUGGCAAAAUUCUUGGAAAACAAGUUUUGCAUAAAAAUUCAUCAGAUAUUAAUGAGCAGGAUAAAUAUGAAUUUGAUGAAGAAAAAUUAUUAAAUCAUUUUGGAAGUAAAAACUCAAGCUUCUUCAAUAAUGCUGAUCUUACAGACUUGGCACUCGCACAGGGUAAAAACCAAUCUGUUGAAGUGAGCUAUAGAAAAGAGGAUAAUAAUUUUGACAUAAACUUGCUUGAUAACAUCCUUGAUGGGUUAAACUAUUACAGAAAAGCUUCACAAAGAGACGUCCCUGAGUUAAGUCAUAUCAACAUCACUAAAAUAAAAUAAACAGCUCGAAAAUUCCGAACUCAGAGAAUCCCCAUCUAUCCAAGCCCUACCCAAAUCCAAACCCUCAAGACCAGCCACCUCUCACGAAAAAUUCGCUAAACUACUCAAAAGACACUCCUCCCAUAUAAAACCUCGGAGCAAAAUCCAAGCCAAAUCCCAAAGCAUCUAUCAUGCUUUAAAAUAACAUCCCUGAGCCCUACACGAAUUUCGAAAUCAACCAAGCCACUAACAUCAUUAACAAAGUGCCUAUCCGGAGAAUCUACACUAACAAAUUUAAAGCGAGAUCUCCCAAACUCCAUAAUGAACAAAUCGCUUUACGAAAAGGGAGUUCAGCCCAUUCUAAUAUAAGACACAGAAGGUAG